AUGCCUCCUUCACAAUUAGCCAUCAAAACCAAUGCUUUGAAGAGAUUGAUCAAGGAGAAAUCACUCUACUCACAAGAAGUAGAAGAUCAAUCCAAAUACGUACAACAAUUGAAAGCAUCCAAUAGUGAUGAAUAUGAGUUGAAAAAACAAAUCGAAGUUUUGGAAGAAAGUAAAAGAAUGGUACCUCAAGUUGAUUCAAAGAUAGAAGCAAUGAAGAAAAGCUUGAAAGAUUUCUUGGAAUCAUACAAUGGAGAUGAAGAUGUCGCCACAGCUAAACUGUUGUUGGUAUAA